AUGACAAUAUAUAAUAAUCAUGCAAUGUUUUCAUCCUGGAAAUGUGCUGAUUGUGACGCAGAAAAACCAACAUGGGCAUCAGUAAAUUUAGCUGUACUUUUAUGUAAUGACUGUGCUUCAAUUCACAGAGACCUUGGACGACAUAUUAGCCAAGUAACAUCACUUCAAAAAAGUUAUUGGAGUCCAUAUCGUUUAGAAUUAAUAUUGUAUCUUUAUGCAAAUGGUUCUAAUAAUGUUUGGGAAUAUUUUUUAACAGAUCCAUCACAAAAUGAUCAUACUAAUCAGAAACAUUUUAUUAAACCAAAACCAGAUAGUACUGUAACACCAAUAAAAGAACGAUUUAUUAAAGAUAAGUAUGUUGAAAAAAAAUUUGCUUCAAAAGGAGUUAAUGAAAAUCAAAAUGAUUUAGAUAUGCAAUUAUUUGCAUGUGUACGAACAUGUCAUGUUGAAACAACCUUUCGAUUAUUAAUUCAUGGAGCUAAUCCAAAUUAUGUUAAUUGUGAAACUGGAGAGACACCUUUACAUAUAGCUGUUAAGGAAGGACAAUUAAAACAAGUUGAAUUAUUAUGUAUAUAUGGUGCUAAUUUAUAUUUUAGUAAUAAUAAAGAAGAAACACCUAAAGACAUAUGUCAACAAAAAGAAUUUGAAAUGUCGGAUAAGAUUUCAUGGUUUUUAUGUGGUAAAAUGCCAAAACAUAAUAAAAAUACCCAUUUUCUUAUACCAGAUAUUGUUGGAUCGCAAUUAAAUGAUAGACAAAAAUUAGUUAUUAAAAAAUAUACUAAUCAAAAUAAUGAUUUAUUUAUUAACAUUUCUCAGGAUAUCUUUGAUGAGGUUGAAAGACGUAUUAAUGAAAAAAUAUGGUAUGCCGAAACAAAAGAACGUCAUGAAAAAUUAGGAUCCAUUGUUAAUGUUAUAUCUUCAUUUUUACCAUUAAAUCCAUUACUUCCUUCAUUUAGAAAUCAAAGAAGACAAAAAUUAGCUAAAUUUGAUAGUAAUGCUUUUGUAUAUUUAUUAGUAUGUCAUUUAAAAGAAACAAAAAAAAGAUACUAUGGUAAGGAUGAAAAAAAUACAAUAAGAAAAAGUUUAAAGACAGAAUUAAGAACAUCACAAAAGUCAAGUGAAAAAAAUUAUAGUAAUCAUGAUUAUGAUGAAUGUGCUAGUGUUCCAUCUCCAGAAUCAUCAAGUAGAUUUAGUGAAAGAAAAAUAUCUAAAACACAAUCUCCUUUACAACAAAAAUUUGGAUCAGAUAUUAUUUGUAAUAAAGAAGUUGAAAUAUUACAAAAUGUGGUAAAAAAACAAACGGAAACAAUUAACAAUCUGUCAGAUGUAAUUAUUUCAUUUUCAAGAGAAAUGAAAAUAAUGCAAGAAAAAAUUGACUGUGUAAUUGAAGAGAACACAACACUUCAAAAUGAUUUAUCUAGGUUACGUGCACAUGUUUAUAUGAAAGAUACUCAAUUUUCCAAUCAAACGAAUGCAUUUUUACCAAAAAAUUCAACAUUUCCAUCUAAUAAUGGUCAUUCAUCUAAUGUUACACAAGUUUUUAAUACUAACUACUCAUUACAAAGGAAUAUGGUACCACAAUCGCCAUCACAUUUGCAACAAAAUAAUAGUAAUACUUUUAAAGGGUAUCUUCCCUCUGAAAAUGACAUAGAUUAUAUGACAAAUAUAGAAUAUAAUGAAAAAUAUGUUUCAUCACAUAAUAUACCAAUACAAAAAGAUAAUUCAUAUAGUAAUAUUCUUUCAGAAAAAACAACACCACCAAAAAGUGAAAAAUCUCGUCAAUUAAAAGAUGGAUUAUCAAAAACAAAAAUUGUACGUUUUGUGGAUGAUUUAACAAGUUCAAUUAGAAGUUUACAAACUGAAUUAUUAAAACCAUCACCAUUUGUUUAUCCACAUUGUGAGGCCGUUAAUACAGUAGUAUUUAAUAUACUUAAUAGUGUACCAAAAAGUCUUCAAAGAAAAUCAGUUGUUGUUUUGAUGCAAAAAUUAGAAAAUUCUAUGUAUAAAUUAGAAUCAAUUUGUUCAAAUCCAAAUAUUAAUGUUCAUGAGGCAUCACUUGCUGCUUUUGCAUUAGCACUAGCAGCAAAAAACCUUUUCCUUACUUGUGAAUAA